AAAAGGAGUUUCCAGUGGCUGGAGAUGUUAGCGACCGUGUUCAGAAGGCUGGUUAGUUUUAUUCGGUACAGAACGAGUUAACAUCAAUAGUGUCGAGUAGAGUCAUAAGUAACACUGUAAAUCUGCGGUAAACGGUGGGAGUGAUACAGUUAUUAUGGAUCUGAGCACAGAGGGCGCAGUGCAGCAGAGGGACAGCAGGGGGCGCCAGAGAGCCGAUAAACAAACUGUCAUCACUGAGGAACGAGUGCAGCGGGACCCGGCGGAGCUCUGCCCCGGUCCCGGUCCCGGUCCCGCUCCGGUGUACGGAGAAACGCACCCAGUGUGCCGCGCUCGAGAGAACAGAAGUCUGGAACCUCAAACCGGUGACGAUGCCGCUGAGGAAAAAUUAUCCAGUGAAGCUCCGGACGGCAUGAACCAGGGGCAGAGCGACGGAGCACCGGACAGCCGGCACGGUAAGAAGAAGCACCGGCGCAGACCGUCCAAGAGGAAGCGGCGCUGGAAGCCAUACUUCAAACUGAGCUGGGAGGAGAAGAGAGAGCUGGACGAGCGGGAGAGCGCGCGCGCAUCACGGGUCCGGGCUGAGAUGUUCGCUAAAGGUCUCCCGGUGGCUCCGUACAACACCACACAGUUCCUGAUGGAGGAGCACGACCGCGAGGAGCCCGACCUCAACACCGAGCCCGGCGCGCGCAGGUCCGAGGACACGGCCAGCGAUGAGGACUGUCUCGAGCCCGACGAGGACGAGGAUGAGGACGGUGAGGGCGGCGGCGGGAGCGACGGUAUGGGCCGGGCCGGGUUCCUGCAGCGGGACUUCUCCGAGACCUACGAGCGCUACCACGCGGAGACGCUGCAGAACAUGACCAAACCGGAGCUCGUGCGCGAGUACCUGGAGCUGGAGAAGAGCCUCUCGCGCUUAGAGGAGGAGAACAACCGGCUGCGGCGCGCGCGCAGGAACUCGGCCGCGGCCGCCUCCUCGGACGAGAGCGCGCAGCGCGUGCGCGAGCUGGAGAGCGAGCUGGAGAGAGUGAGGGCGGUGAACGCGGAGCUGCUCGCGCGCUGCCGACAGUCCGCUGCGCACGCGCACGCGCUUAACGGAUCCGCACCGGAGCCCGCCGACAGUCAGUGAUGGACUAUCUGCUCAUGUGUUUCCUAUGUUUCUGUUUGUCAGCUGAUUUAAUCCGCGCUUUUACUGUAAAGCUCCGGUAGCGAUUUAACGUGACGCGCCCCCGAGGUACCGAUUCAUUCAUUCAUUCACUCUGCAGACUCUUCAUGGCGGGUUUGUUUCAUCUGUAUCGCUGUAGAUUCUUUUAUUUUCAUACUAAAUGUAGAAAAAAAAAGUUAUUGAUCAGCUAAUCUAGGGUCACGGUGUUCCGUACAGUGUUCCAUAAAUUUUAUUCUGUUCAAUUCUAAUGCAAUUCUAAUCUCUUUAUAUUUCCUCUCCACCAAACAAGACAGUUCCUGCUCGUCUGAGUAAAUAAAAAAGAUUAAAUAUGUGUAACACUAACAGUGUUCCGUACAGCCAUUAUUUUUAUUCGACUUUGGAUUUAAAUUGUUGUUGUUGGUAAGACUUUGGGGUUUAGGACCAUUAGGUGCACAAGUGUGUGCUGGUUCGGGAGAGAGAGUGUGUGUGAAUGUGAGUGUGUGUGAAUGUGAGUGUGUGUGUGUGUGUGUGAAUGUGAGUGUGUGUGAAUGUGAGUGUGUGUGAAUGUGUGUGUGUGUGAAUGUGAGUGUGUGUGAAUGUGUGUGUGUGUGAAUGUGAGUGUGUGUGAAUGUGAGUGUGUGUGUGAAUGUGAGUGUGUGUGAAUGUGAGUGUGUGAAUGUGAGUGUGUGUGUGUGUGAAUGUGAGUGUGUGUGAGUGUGUGAAUGUGAGUGUGUGUGAAUGUGAGUGUGUGUGUGUGUGUGUGAAUGUGAGUGUGUGUGUGUGUGUGUGAAUGUGAGUGUGUGAAUGUGAGUGUGUGAAUGUGAGUGUGUGUGUGUGUGUGUGAAUGUGAGUGUGUGUGUGAAUGUGAGUGUGAGUGUGUGUGUGUGUGUGUGAAUGUGAGUGUGUGAAUGUGAGUGUGUGUGUGUGAAUGUGUGAGUGUGUGUGUGUGUGUGUGUGAAUGUGUGUGUGUGUAUGUGAAUGUGUGUGUGUGUGAAUGUGAGUGUGUGUGAAUGUGAGUGUGUGUGUGUGUGUGUGUGUGUGUGAAUGUGUGUGUGUGUGAAUGUGUGUGUGUGUGAAUGUGAGUGUGUGAAUGUGAGUGUGUGUGUGUGUGUGUGUGUGUGUGAAUGUGAGUGUGUGAAUGUGAGUGUGUGUGUGUGAAUGUGAGUGUGUGUGUGAAUGUGUGUGAGUGUGUGUGUGUGUGUGUGUGUGUGUGUGAAUGUGUGUGUGAGUGUGUGUGUGUGUGUGAAUGUGAGUGUGUGUGUGAAUGUGUGUGUGUGUGUGUGUGUGAAUGUGAGUGUGUGAAUGUGAGUGUGUGUGUGUGUGUGUGUGUGAAUGUGAGUGUGUGUGUGUGAGUGUGUGAAUGUGAGUGUGUGUGUGUGAAUGUGAGUGUGUGUGUGUGUGUGAAUGUGAGUGUGUGUGAAUGUGAGUGAGUGUGUGUGUGUGUGUGAAUGUGUGUGAGUGUGUGUGUGUGUGUGUGUGAAUGUGUGUGUGUGUAUGUGAGUGUGUGUGUGUGUGUGAAUGUGAGUGUGUGUGUGUGAAUGUGUGUGUGUGUGUGUGUGUGAAUGUGAGUGUGUGUGAGUGUGUGUGUGUGUGUGUGAAUGUGAGUGUGUGUGUGUGUGUGUGAAUGUGAGUGUGUGUGUGUGUGUGUGAAUGUGAGUGUGUGUGAAUGUGAGUGAGUGUGUGUGUGUGUGAAUGUGAGUGUGUGAAUGUGUGUGUGUGUGUGUGUAUGUGAGUGUGUGUGUGUGUGUAAUACCGUGACCUUACGUUAUCUGUUCUCAGUACACAAAAAAACGUGACCAGUGUGGAUCAGAACAUGGGAACUUGGGUUCUGAUCUUUUGUGCUGGUUCUUCUCCACCUGUGUUGUUGCAUGACCCAGGCAGUCUGUGUGUAGGCUAAUAAACCGUGGAAACUCCUGGACGCUUUUUGUUUUCAUCAUUUAUUCAUUAAAUAUUUUAAAGAA